GUUUGGACUUUGCUGACGCGUUCAGGAGCCGUUAGCUUCGGAGGCUAACUCCUCCGGAGACUCGGUGUUUGUUGGGGUGUCCGGAGCCUGUUAGUGGGGUUGUUUCGGGUCACUGUUGUGUCUGAGGCGGCUGGUAAACGUGUCGUGUGGACUCACAAGUCGCUGGUUUGUUGUCACAGACUCGUGAGCCCGAUGCCAGGUGAGGAGAAGCAGCAGGUGAAGCUACAUGGAGGCUAACUAACCAGGCGGACAGAGGAACUGCGGCAUAUUAGCACCAGGAUGCCAGCCGGAGUUUGUGGCUGCUGUGGGCCUCUGAGGCCGAGGUACAAACGCCUGGUGGACAACAUCUUCCCUGAGGACCCCAAAGAUGGCCUCAGUAAAUCUGACAUGGAGAAGCUGACCUUCUACGCCGUGUCUGCUCCGGAGAAGCUGGACAGGAUUGGAGCUUACCUGGCGGAGAGGCUGAGCAGAGAUGUGGUCCGCCACCGCUACGGGUACGUGGUGAUUGCCAUGGAGGCUCUGGACCAGCUACUGAUGGCCUGCCACUCUCAGAGCAUCAAACCUUUCGUGGAGAGUUUCCUGCACAUGGUGGCCAAGCUGCUGGAGUCCAGGGAACCAGACCUGCAAGUACUGGGAACCAACUCGUUUGUGAAGUUCGCCAACAUCGAGGAGGACACACCGUCCUACCACCGCCGCUAUGACUUCUUCGUGUCCCAGUUCAGCGCCAUGUGUCACUCCACUCACGAAGACCCAGAAACCAGAACCAGGAUCCGCGUGGCAGGAAUCAAAGGUCUGCAGGGAGUGGUGAGGAAGACGGUGAACGACGAGCUGCAGGCCAUCAUCUGGGAGCCACAGCACAUGGACAAACUGAUCCCAUCCAUGCUGUUCAACAUGCAAGACAGUGACGACCUGGACCGGGCGGCUCACCCCAGCACGCCGUCAGGAGCCGGCCAGGACGGUGAGGAGAACCCGGCUGCACUGGCUGAGAGCUGCUUCAGGGAGCUGCUGGGCAGAGCGGCCUACGGCAACAUGAACAACGCUGUGAGACCCAUCCUGGUUCACCUGGAUAAUCACCACCUGUGGGACCCGAAUGAGUUUGCAGUGUCCUGCUUCAGAAUUAUUAUGUAUUCCAUCCAGGCUCAACACUCCCAUCACGUCAUCCAGCAGGUUCUGAACCACCUGGACACUCACAACAAGAACACGCCGCGGGUCAGAGCCGGGAUCGUGCAGGUUCUCCUGGAGACCGUGGCCAUUGCUGCCAAAGGAUCCGUGGGUCCCACUGUGCUGGAGGUGUUCAACACUCUGCUCAAACACCUGCGCAUGAGCGUGGACUUUGAGCUCGGCGAGAGCUCGAGGAGAAACUCCGGCACCAGCGUCUCAUCUGGCCGCGGAAAAGAGAGCGAGGAGCGCAUCGUCCAGAACGCCAUCAUCCAGACCAUCGGCUUCUUUGGAGGAAACCUGCCCGACUAUCAGCGAGCUGAAGUCAUGAUGUUCAUCAUGGGGAAGGUGCCAGUAUUCGAAGCCCCCUGCUCCACCUUGGACACCGGCAAAAUUGGGCACCAGGGAACCAAGAGGAUUCAGACCAUGCUUCUCAGCUCUCUCAUUAUGGUGACGUCCGGCUUCAAGGCCAAGUCUAUGGCGGCUGCGUUGCCUCCUCCCUUCCUGGACCCACUUUUCUCCAUCUCCCUGAUGGAGGACAGCGAGCUGAGGCAGCUGGUGCUCGAGAUCCUGCACAACAUCAUUGAUCGCCAUGACAACCGUGCCAAGCUACGAGGCAUCAGAAUCAUUCCUAAUGUUGCAGCACUGAAGAUUAAGAGAGAAAAGAUUUCCAAGCAAGACGUUGCCUUCAUGAAAAAGCACGGCCAGCAGCUCUACAGACACAUCUACCUGGGCUGCAAGGAAGAAGACAACGUCCAUAAAAACUUUGAGCUGCUCUUCACCACGCUGGCCAUUCUGACUAUUGAGCUGGCCAACGAGGAGGUGGUCAUCGACCUCAUCCGCCUCUCCAUUGCUCUGCAGGACAUGGCCCUGAGCAACGACGAGAACAUGCCCAUGUUCAUCCGCUGCGGCAUCCUGGCGCUGGUGGCGGCGUACCUCAACUUCCUGAGCCAGAUGAUCGCCAACCCGCCCUUCUGUCAGCACGUCAGCAAGGUCAUCGAGCUGAGGAACAUGGACGCUCCGUACCUCCUCCCUGAGCACAUCUUCAGAGACAAGUGUCCACUCCCCGAGUCUCUGGACAAGGAGGACAAGCAGCUGUACUUCCAGACCGCAGACAUGGCCGAGUGUCUGGCAGGGCCGGGAUACAACGCCGAGAAGCUGUCCAUCCCCUACGUGCCCCAGGUCACAGAUGAAGACCGUCUGACCCGGAGGAAGAGUUUUGUGGACACCAUCUCCCUCCAAGUGGACAUUGUGUCCAACAACCUUCCAGACAAGUCUCAGCUGGCUGAGGAGAUCACGUUCGAGACCUUGAAGAAAGCCAUCGACACCACCGGCCUGGAGGAGCAGGAGAGGGAGAAGAGGCGUCAGGUGAUGGAGAAGUUCCAGAAAGCUCCGUUUGAGGAGCUCGCUGCCCACUGCGAGUCCAAGGCAAACAUGUUGCAUGACCGACUGGCACAAAUCUUUGAACUUACCAUUCGGCCUCCCCCCAGCCCGUCCGGAGUGGUCUCCAUGUCGGCAGGACACACCCAGCACCAGUCCGUCCCCGUCUACGAGAUGAAGUUCCCAGAUCUGUGUGUCUACUGAACAGACACGCAUCAACCAUGCAAAACGGCGGAAACACAACAUACGAUAUGAAACGCGCUGAAAAGGAGCAGCAGGGAGAUGAGACGCCGAAAACACAGCCAACGCUGAAUUAGUUCAAUAUAGAAAACUAAAUGUGCUCAUGUCUCUGAAAAAAAAACAGUCACCAGGAUUUUAAAAAAAAAUGAAUUUCAUUGACUUGAAUCAGGUCAAUCAACAAUGACUGGACGGCUUCUGGUCCAUUGAGGUUUCCUACAGUGUACAUAGACCAGUCUUAAUUAAGAGUCAGGCUUAAGUGAAGCUGGCUUUAGCUGUAGCGCUGCAGUGUCAGAACUAGCUUCUCCUCUUACUCACCUGUUGUGGUGUUGAUCCGUAGGCAUCAGUGCAGUCAGGUGUCCCAUAUGUUCAAGUUCGCCGGUGGACUCGCUGCUGCACGGCUUUAACAGCUCCUCUGGUCCAGUCAGUCGUCACAGUCUUCAUGGGAAAUCAGUUAAACGCCAACCGCAGCUAGAAAAGUCGAGUAGAUGUUUGUUUGUAGCAGUUGAGUUAAAAUCAUGGGCUCGUUGUUGGUGAUUGUGUGUGUGUUGGAGAACUGUAGACAAUGUCCAUUAUCCAGAUUUAGCUGCAGUAAAAUGGUGCUGAAACGGGUUUCAGCGCAUUUUGUAUUUAUCCAGCCUGUCGUCGUGGUAACUGUGGAUGGAGCAGUGCUUUCUGGUGUUACUGUGUUCAGAAACCAGCAUCAUCUCGUGCCGUGUCAGAUUUCAUCACCAAAACGAGAUGAUUUUAGGAAACUGAAACCAGCAUAAGUCUCAUCAGGUGUAAAUGAGGGCGUUGUUGCACUGCAGGGAGGGAAAUGUGUGUCUUUACUGCUACAGUGAGUUCAUUACCAGCUGCAUCGGCCAUUUGAUUCAGUAGAUGUGUAGAAAAGCUGUAUUCGUACGCUUAUAUUCUCUCAGCAUCUGAAAUGGCGAAACGCUUCCAGAAGUUACUCCCCGCUGAGUUUUAAAUUUCAAACUAUUUUUAUCUCCAAAGGCUGAAGGUUAUUGGUUGUGCGCAGGCCAUAUGGAGGGUCUCAUCCCUGAGUAAGAGCAGCGGCAGCUCAGAGGCCUCCCUGAUGAAUGUAUUAAUAUUAAUGAGCAUUAUCGGCCGCUCUGAUACCUUCAAAGCAGUGACAUUUUGGAAGGUUUAAUCAUCAAGACCACAUUUUAUUUCCCAAAGAGGUACAGGGCUCGUUUCUGGAGUCGGAUCUCUCGCGUGUGGCAGAGCUGCAGCUGUGGUUUGUAAUAACAGAUUGUUAUCGGAGCUUCCCGGUGGAGGCGCUGCAGACAGCAGCCGCCGUCUUCACCUGGACGGUGCAGACGUGUGGCCUCUGGGGAGGAGAAUCGGGUGGUGAAAGUGAAGUGAAAGGAGAUGCAGAGUUGCGGAGGUGUUUGAGGUGAACUUGUUGUGUGGUGGAGUACGUUUGCGGUGGUUGUUGCAUGUUCGGUAGUCGGUUUGUGUGUUUGAAGGUGAGCCUCGUGCUGGGACUCUGCCGUUGGCUUCUCUCCAGUGGUCAGUUUGAAGGCUUCUGCUUUGUGUGUGCUCCUGUCAAAAGGUUCGUUGUGGGCUUUUCUGCGUUUGACCGUGGAAACACGACGCCUCGCGCAUCGUAUCGAGCCCUGGAGAGAAGCCGACCUCCUCCACACGAGUGGAAGAACCCGCCGUGAGGUCCGAUUACAGCGCGGCUCCAAUGAUGCUGUGCUGAUCACAAAUCCAUAUACUGCAGGAUAAUACAAGAUGGAAACGGAGUCUUUAGUCAAUAUGUUGUUUAGCUCUAAAUGUAAGACUUGGCUUAUAACGUAACACUUUUAAAAUUAUCUGUCACAUGACUUAAAGUCUCUAUUUCAGUGUCCGAUGAUUGAAGAUGACAAAUCUAUUUUCCUCCCAAAUAUUAUACUGAUAUCGCGCAUAACGUCUUGGCUUCAAAAGCAAACUUGUAUGAUGUAUCAUUUUAGCUGCUUCGCUGUUGAACAUGGACUAAGUGCAUGAUGCCUUUCUCACGCUGUCGACCUCUGGGGUCGGGAAACAUGCUGAAUGAAUCCAUCUAAAGCCCUUUUAAAUGUAGACGUGGCUGGAACUUUUCACUUCUUUUGAAUGUGUCGUUGCAGCAGUAGAUCAUAUUUUUGUACCUUUGAUGCAUCAUGAACAGUUCUAUCGUUGCCUAGGUGAGAUUUAGAGAUUGGGAGACUUAUUCUUGUUGAUCACAUUUAUCAUAAUGAUGACAAAGGCUGAUUUCUGUUUUUCACUUUUAUUGUUUACCAUAUCGACGGUUCAGGGUUUCAAUGGGAUUGUGCAGUUCUAAAUUGAGAAAUGGUCUCAAACUUUACUUGAUCUUUUUUGUACAAUGCAUCAUUUCAAAUAUAACAAACUAAUAUCAUGUCUCUAGUACAGAUAGUUAUUUUUGCAUAAUCCAGAGAAUUGAAGUUUAUCCAUGAGUGUUAUUUUUUCUAGAAGGUUUUAAGAGAUGAGCUCGCUCCAGACCAGCAAAGGAAGACUCUGCUUCAGAUUCUCAUGACUUUGAGCAUCUUCAAUUAUCAUUCAUUAACUGAGAUCAUUAGAGAAGAGCUGAAGCUGAGGUCAACGUCUGCACAGGCGGAGCUGACUGAUGUUUGAAUCAGUAGCAGCAGAUGGAAACGGACCGAGAGCGACCAUGUUUGUUUGCACUUUGAUUCUUCUGUACAGUGUCUGGUACUAGAGCAGAAACGAGUCUGCACAGGUUGUUUGGUACAAACGAGUCAUCAGCUGCAUUGAAACUGUAAAAACGUCCGUGUUGACCAGUGAAUUCCGUCAGCGUCGUGUCUUAAAAGCAUAAAAUCAAGACACUGCCUUACGUCAGAUCUGGACACAGAGCGACUGAGACAGGUUCAACCUUUCACUUUUCAAGACGGACCUUUUUGCAUUUCAGCUGGUGAAUUCUACAAAAUAAUAGAAACCAUGAGCUUCUGCUGCCGUUCUUUCCAUUUGUGACGCAGCUGUAUUUUUGUGCCAGGCUAAGAGAUGAUGUCACCUCUGUGUUGGCUGAGGUUCUGCUGCAGCCGCAGGUUCAACACUUUCAUCCACACUCCCAAGGCCUCAUUAGGUCUCAUUAGAUCCAGAGUGACAUGAAAUUAUGCUAUGAGCUUCUUUGCUCUCUUUGCUGUUAAAAUUGAAGUCAACGUUGCUGUUUUUGUUUGUUUUUGUAUUAGGGCUUUACAGACUUAACUGAGGAACUUCCUUGAACCCCAGUGGCAGCAGAGCCUCAGCACUUUAUGACAAAGCCUCUAUUAAAUAAUAACCGUGCAUAAAGAUUAAUGUUGAAGAGAAUAAAAGAGUUUCUAUUAAAACGGA